ACCGGAAGUUUGGAUGCCAAAGGUAGACGGACUGGGUCCUCCGAAAAGGACUCCUGGCUGGAAUAUUUCCGAGGUACUGACGGAAUAACCACGGUGUCAGGCACUGUGGACUUUACAGUUCUGCAGAACCACCUUUAUAAAGGAGGCUGUACCAGACAAUGGAGGCCAGCGGGAAGUUCAUUUGCAGACAAAGGCAAGUCGUUUUUUCCUUUCUCCUUUUGGUCUUUUCUCUGGCGGGCGCGGCAGAACCCAAACGCUAUUCCGUAUUGGAGGAAACUGAGGGCAGUUCCUUUGUAACCAAUUUAGCAAAGGACCUAGGUCUGGAGCAGAGGGAACUUUCUAGGCGGGGGGUUAGAGUUGUUUCCAAAGGCAACAAACUACAUUUGCAGCUUGAUCAGGAGACAGGAGAUUUGUUACUAAAUGAGAAACUGGACCGCGAGGAACUGUGCCGUCACACAGAGCCCUGUGUGCUACGUUUCCAGGUGUUGCUAGAGAGUCCCUUAGAAUUUUUUCAAGCUGAGCUACAAGUAAUAGACAUAAAUGACCACUCCCCAGUAUUCCUGGACAAAGAAAUGUUGCUACAAGUGUCAGAGAGCAGUUCUCCUGGGACUACAUUUCCUCUGAAGAAUGCUCAGGACAUGGACGUAGGCCAGAAUAAUAUUGAGAACUAUAUUAUCGGUCCCAACUCCUAUUUUCGUGUCCUUACCCAGAAACGCAGCGAUGGCAGGAAAUAUCCUGAGCUGGUGCUGGACAAAGCUUUGGAUCGGGAGGAGGAACCUGAGCUCAAGUUAACCCUCACAGCACUAGAUGGUGGCUCUCCACCACGGUCUGGCACCGCUCAGGUCUACAUCGAAGUAGUAGAUUUUAAUGAUAAUGCCCCUGAAUUUGAGCAGCCUUUCUAUAGGGUGCAGAUUCCUGAAGACAGUCCAAUAGGAUUCCCUGUCGUCACUGUCUCUGCUACAGAUAUAGACAUAGGAAUCAAUGGAGAAAUUUCCUAUUUGCUAUUCCAAGCUUCAGAGGAGAUUAACAAAACCUUUAGGAUCAAUCCCUUGACUGGAGAAAUUCAGCUAAAAAAACAACUUGACUUUGAAACAAUUCAAUCCUAUGAAAUCAACAUUGAGGCAAGAGAUGCUGGAAGCUUUUCAGGAAAAUGCACUGUUCUAGUUCAAGUCAUGGAUGUGAACGACCAUGCCCCAGAGGUUACCAUGUCUGCAUUUACCAGUUCAGUAUCUGAGAAUUUGCCUGAAAGUGUGGUUGCAGUUUUCAGUGUUUCAGAUCUUGAUUCCGAAGAAAAUGGCAAAAUAAGUUGUUCUAUUCAGGAGGAUUUACCUUUCUUCCUGAAAUCUUCUGUGGAAAACUUUUACACCCUACUGACAGAGAGGCCACUGGACAGAGAGACCAGAGCUGAAUAUAACAUCACCAUCACCAUCUCUGACUUGGGGACACCGAGGCUGAAAACACAGGUCAACAUAACAGUGCUGGUCUCAGACAUCAAUGACAACGCCCCCACUUUCACCCAAACCUCCUAUACCUUGUUCGUCCGCGAAAACAACAGCCCCGCCCUGCACAUAGGCACCAUCAGCGCCACAGACAGAGACUCAGGCACCAACGCCCAAGUCACCUACUCCCUGCUGCCACCUCAGGACCCGCACCUGCCCCUCACCUCCCUGGUCUCCAUCAACGCUGACAACGGACACCUGUUCGCCCUGAGGGCGCUGGACUACGAGGCCCUGCAGGCCUUCGACUCGCUCACCGUCUACUUGGUCAUCGCCUUGGCCUCGGUGUCGUCGCUCUUCCUGUUCUCGGUGGUGCUGUUCGUGGCGGUGAGGCUGUGCAGGCGGGACAGGGCGGUCUCUGUGAGUCGCUACUCAGUACCUGAGGGCCCCUUUCCAGGGCACCUGGUGGACGUCAGUGGUACUGGGACUCUGUCUCAGAGCUACCAGUAUGAGGUUUGUCUCACAGGAGGCUCAGGAAACAGUGAGUUCAAGUUUCUGAAGCCUAUUUUACCCAAUAUCCAGGGCCAUUCUCCUGGCCAAGAAAUACAAGAAAACUCCAACUUUAGGAAUGACUUUGGUUUAGGCAUUCAGUUAAAAUAA